AUGUCGGUGUACUCGCUCUACGUGAUCAACAAAUCCGGUGGACUUAUUUACAACAGGGAUUUCUGUGAAGCCGCCCGCGUGGAAACCAACGACUCGCUGCGCCUAGCUAGCAUCUGGCACUCCCUCCACGUGAUUGCAAGCCAGCUAAGUCCGGUACCUGGAUGCACCGGCAUUGAGCUCCUGGAGGCGGACACCUUCAACCUCCACUGCUUCCAGACCUUGACGGGUACCAAGUUCUUGUUAGUGGUGGACCCACACGCCUCUUUCAUACCGGCAUUGCUGCAAAGGAUAUAUGAGCUUUACUCGGACUAUGUGAUGAAAAACCCUUUCUACGAAACGGAACAAGUCAUCAAAUGCGAGCUGUUUGACGAAAACGUCGAGUCGCUCAUCCGCCGGUACCUGCAACAAGCUUCGUAG